CGUCAUUCUGUGAGAAUUUGUGAAAUAAAAUUGAACAAAUAUAAUUGCAACAAUAAAAAAAGCAUCGCCAACCAUCCUUUAGAUAAAAAGUUUAAUAUAUUGUGAGAUUAAUUGAAUAGAAACCAAAUAAACAUGUCGGGCACAUCUCAAAAAUACAGAAAUUUCGUUGCUGAGCCAAUGAGUGAUAAGCCUGUCACAGAUCUGGCGGGAAUAGGAGAGACUUUGGGUGGACGUUUAAUAGAAGCUGGAUUCGAUAAAGCUUAUACAGUGCUGGGUCAAUAUUUAGUCUUGAAAAAAGACGAAGAACUUUUUAAGGAAUGGAUGAAAGAUACCUGUAAUGCCAGUUCUAAACAAGCUUCCGAUUGCUAUAACUGCCUCAACGAUUGGUGUGAAGAGUUCUUGUAAAUAUUUUUAGGAUUCUAUAUUUCUUAUUUGUUCUAAAAAAAAUUAUGCAAAUAAUUUCAGUAUAAAUGUUGCAAUUA